AUGUCUAAGAAUGAUGGCACACCGGUAAAUCUACUUGCAUUAGACGGGGGAGGAAUCCGCGGAAUAUGCGAACUCAGAGUCUUAGACGAGAUCAUGAAGCGAGUCCAAAAGGCGCAAAAUCUAGCCUCCAUACCGAGACCAUGCGACUACUUUGACCUCAUGGCGGGCACAAGCACUGGCGGGCUUGUCGCUAUCCUGCUCUCGCGAUUCAAGAUGACCACGACGGAUGCCAUCGCGGCCUACUACGACUUCUCGGGGAGGAUAUUCUCGAAGAAGAAUAGGAAGGGGAUUAUGGGUGUAUUGGUCGGCCAUCCAUUCCGUGAGAAGCCUCUUGUAGACAUUAUUAAGGGCAUGGUUGCUACCCAUCAAAUUGGAGAGCUCAUGAUCGACCCGAAACCCGAAGCUCGGUCCAAAGCUUUUGUCUGCUCGCAGCCCGCACAUAGACAAGGGAAAGCCACUCGCUUUCGAACCUACGAACCACCACCCCCGCUGAAGAUAAAUACUUCUCCGGAAGUUUCUUCCCCGUCAGGCUCUUCGUCAUCCACUUCCUUACAUUCGUCAUCAUCAAAAUCCGCUUCUCAGUCUUCAGCUUCUUCGGCAGAUGAUUCGCUCGCGCUUGGAUUACCCGAGCUUAAAAGAAUUACAUCUACGAUGAAAGACCCGUGGAAUGACUACAGGGACGUCCAGAUUUGGGAAGCUGCUCGUGCUACGACAGCCGCGCCGUCAUACUUCGACCCGAUGGUUCUCACCCGCGGGAACAACAGUAGAACCUUCAUCGACGGGGCAAUGGGUUGUAACAACCCGGCGAAAGAGGUAGUCGAUGAGGCGGCAGCCCUGUUCGGAACAGACUGCGUCCUAGGCUGUCUUGUCAGCUUGGGAACCGGGUUCUCUGGAGAGGUAACGAUUGGGGAGGCCGAGAGUGGAAUAAAGAAAACCGUUGGUUUGAUUAACAACCUCAAAAAGAUAGCCACAAAUACGGAAGAAGUACAUGAGGAUCUUCGACGCCUAAUACGAGCCGAUCUAGAUACUUACUUUCGGUUUCAACUUCCUAAAGGAGCCGAGGAGAUCCGCUUACACGAGUAUAAGAAACUCGAUGAGCUAUCCCAGCUCAUGCAAGUGUAUAUUGAAAAAGAGUCAUCCGAGAUCGAUAAGGUUGUGCAGAUCCUGAUAGACAAGGCGAAGCCACGAGGGAUCACCCUUGGCCAGAUCGCUCAAUCCGACCACGGCCAGAUUGAUCCGCCUAAGAAAGAUAUCCGUAGCCGACCACCCGUCAGCGAUUUCUUCACCGGUAGACAAGAUAUUGUUAGUACGCUUGCCAAGGACCUUUGCCCAGAUAAACUGCGUCCGAAUCGCCAGCGGCAUCAUCUCAUAUAUGGUCAAUCUGGUGUCGGCAAGUCGCAGAUUGCCUCUAAAUUUCUAGACGUUCACGGAUACAACUUUGACAUGAUAUUAUGGGUUGAUGCGAUGAGCAAAGAAACGAUUGAGGCUGGUUUUAGAGAACUCACGAAUUGUUCGGAAUACGGCUACGCCGGUGACGGGUCACCGAGGUCACUGUUGUCAUGGCUGGAGAAGACAGAGCAUUCAUGGAUCCUAGUCCUCGACGAUGUGCGCGGAGACGUGAGCGAUUACGUACCCGGCGGAAGCAACGGCGCCGUGCUCUUCACCAGCCAGAACAAAUUCAUCAAGCCCGCUCAAAAGUGGUCAACCUUUGUGGACGUAAUAAGCGAAACAGACGCACUCGAGCUACUAUUAUCCAAAGCACAACUCGCCAAUGUGGAUGGAAAAAUGCGCGGAGAGGGGGUAAAACUUGUACGAUCCUUGGGUUAUCUGCCCCUGGCCAUUGAACAUGCGGCCGCCACGCUUCGGAUGAUGCAAUGGGAAGUCACAGAGUACGCGGCCGAGCUCGAGAUCCAACAUGAUGGCUUACUGAAAAAACCAGGUUCUAAUCACGGCUCGGCCGGCUCGGCCGUCCUCCGAGCCGUACAUGCUUCCUUCGACGUCACGUAUAAGAUUCUCAACAAGCAAGCCCACGAAGCUUCGGACAAUUCAAAGGCACAGGCUGCCAAAUAUGCGCUUCAGCUCUUGAACCUUUUCUCCUUCUACCAUAAUGAAGGCCUAAUGGGAAAUAUCCUCAAGAGGGCAACCACUUAUCGUCCGAAUGAUAGGCAUCAAGAUGACUAUGGGGUUGGCGCCGAGUCCUUCGCCGAUCUGCUGGCUCUCGACGAAUCGGGAAAAUGGAUUGAGCAUCGAUGGCAAUUAGGCAUGGAUCUGUUGAUUGCCUAUUCACUGGUCAAAGUGACCAAAGACGAUCAGGUUCGGAGGCUGUACUCCAUCCACGGUCUCGUACAUAAUUGGGCGAGAGAAAGAACCCCUGAUUAUCUCCGUCAUGCACGGGCGAAGGCUGCUAGACUGAUCCUUUUCGACUCGUUUACCGAAUCUCAAUCCACCCCUAAUGACUUCCAGUAUGGCUUCAAAGUCCUCCCACACGUGCAGGCUGUUAUGAAGAGUACCGAAGACAUCGACUCAGGUGCUGACCCUAUGCUGAUGGUGCCUUUUCACUAUAAAUAUGGGUUACUACAGGAAGCAUUGGGGGUUGGUGGUAUACUUUUCAAGGAGUUAUUUAAGGCCGGCCAGAUCAUCGUAGAAAAUAAAAAGGUACUGACCGAAAAUCUGCUCAGAGUUUUAGAGAGCAUUGUCGAGGCAGCAAGACGUCGAGGAGUCCUUGAUCCAGCCCUUAUUAUUGCAUCGAAUUGCUUCACAGGGCGGAAAAUUCUUCACGGCGAGGGCCAUUUAUAUGCAGACCGUGCUCUAACGGCUUAUGCAGCAGUCCAUAUAGAGAUGGGGGAGUAUGAACGUGCUGCAGAAACCUUACGGGUUAACCUCCGUAUCUUCGACGCAUUUCAUCCUGGAGAAGAUAAACUGGCGACACAGACUGCCUUAGCCAUAGCCUUAUUUUACAUGAUGCAAACAAAAGAAGCUAGGGACAUCCUAAUUGAUGCAGCACAAGAGGUUGAAAAGCGGUAUGGUGCUUCCCACCCGAAGACUCUUGAAACGCUUUCAAACCUGGCCAUCCUCCAAAUUACGGAGAUGGAAUACGAGGAAGCGGAGAAAAAGCUUAAAUACGUCUUGGAGAUGGAGAAGAAGAUCUUUGGACUCGGAUAUAUGGGCCGGGCCUACACUUUCCAUAAUCUUGCGAUGGUGUACUUUUACCAAGACAGGUUCAAGAUAGCACUGGAAUAUUUCCUCGCAGCGAGGAGCAUAAGCCGAUGCUAUACUACGUCGUGCGAUGUCAGACAUUACUAUUACAACCAUGGCAUAGCGAUGACAAUAUAUCAUUUGGGAGACCGAAAAGGUGCUAUUAAAUAUAUCAGCCGAUCUUGCGAUGCAUUUAGGAAGGGGUUCAGCAGCAGACAUAUUUACAUAGAACAAAUUGAAUGGCAGAGGGAUAAGUGGAUAUAUGAAGAGGAGAACGAUAUGGAUAUUGAACAGGCCACUACUUACAUAUUCCCAAUAUUUCGGUAUUAACAAUAAAGCCGAUUGCCUUGUCCAAAUUAUCCGGCAUUGAUUAGUCCUAAAAGACUUGUAGGGUGAGAAUGCGUCGUCUAUACGGUU